AUGGCAGCGGUCGGGUCUGGCUGUUCCUCCGCGGCGGCCGGGCCGGGGGUGGUGUCGGCGGGGGCGCUGGAGCCCGGGACCAUGAGUGCGGCUCACCGGCGCCUCAAAUACAUAUCCCUGGCCGUGCUGGUGGUCCAGAAUGCCUCCCUCAUCCUCAGCAUCCGCUACACCCGCACGCUGCCUGGAGACCGUUUCUUUGCUACUACUGCAGUGGUCAUGGCCGAGGUGCUCAAAGGUCUCACCUGCCUGCUGCUACUCUUCGCACAGAAGAGGGGUAACGUGAAGCAUCUGCUCCUCUUCCUCCACGAGGCCGUCCUGGUGCAGUACGUGGACACAUUCAAGCUUGCCGUGCCCUCUCUCAUCUACACCCUGCAGAACAACCUCCAGUACGUGGCCAUCUCCAACCUGCCAGCUGCCACUUUCCAGGUCACGUACCAGCUCAAGAUCCUCACCACCGCCGUGUUCUCCGUGCUCAUGCUGAACCGCAGCCUCUCCCGGCUACAGUGGGUCUCCCUGCUGCUCCUCUUCACCGGCGUGGCCAUCGUGCAGGCCCAGCAAGCCGGCGGCGGGGGCCCGCGGCCACUGGACCAGAACCCCGGGGUGGGCCUGGCAGCCGUCGUGGCCUCCUGUCUGUCCUCGGGCUUCGCUGGGGUGUACUUCGAGAAAAUCCUCAAGGGCAGCUCGGGCUCCGUGUGGCUGCGCAACCUGCAGCUGGGCCUCUUCGGCACGCUGCUGGGCCUGCUGGGGCUGUGGUGGGCCGAGGGCGCGGCCGUGGCCCGUCGGGGCUUCUUCUUCGGCUACACGCCCGCCGUCUGGGGCGUGGUGCUCAACCAGGCCUUCGGCGGGCUGCUGGUGGCCGUGGUCGUCAAGUACGCCGACAACAUCCUCAAGGGCUUCGCCACCUCCCUGUCCAUCGUGCUGUCCACCGUGGCCUCCAUCCGCCUCUUUGGCUUCCACGUGGACCCGCUGUUCGCCCUGGGCGCCGGGCUGGUCAUCGGUGCCGUCUACCUCUACAGCCUCCCCCGAGGGGCCGCCAAAGCCAUAGCCCCCGCCGCCGCCUUGGCCUCCGGGCCCUGCACCCACCAGCAGCCUCCGGGGCAGCCGCCGCCGCCGCUGUCUGCCCACCGCGGAGACCCCAGCACGGAGCCCUUUCUGCCCAAGUUGCUCACCAAGGUGAAGGGUUCGUAG